AUGGACAUACCUAAAGUAGACUUAUAUGCGUGGACAGACUCAACUGUAGUAUUGGCUUGGCUACGUGGACCUAUUAGUCGAUGGACUACUUAUGUAAGUAACAGGGUGUCCCACAUUCUCACAAUUAUGGAUGUUGAACAGUGGGGACAUGUAUCAACUAACUUUAAUCCCGCUGACUGUGCGUCAAGGGGACUAAAACCGACAGAAUUAAAGAGUUACGAAUUGUGGUGGUACGGUCCUGGUUGGCUAUCAAAACAAAUCGUUCGUAUUGAAAGACCUGAGUUGUCGGACAUUCAUGAAGAAGAACGAAUAAAAUCGUUUGUCGUUGAAGAAAGGCGAUGUAAUGAUUAUGAGUGGAUGAAAUUUUCAAACUUAACUAAGCUAUUUAAAGUUAUUUCAUUAUGUCGCAGAUUUCUGAAAAUAAAGUUGCCGCCACAUGAAAGGAAAGAAUUUCCAAAAUUUGCUACAACUGACGAGAUGAAUCAAACACUGCAACUUUGCAUUAAACAAGUUCAAGAAUGUGAAUUCGCGGAAGAAAUAAAUUCUUUGACAUUAAAAGGUUGUGUAGCAAAUCGUAGCGUGUUACGCACUCUUUAUCCCUUUUUAGACAAAAAUGGGAUCUUAAGAGUAGGUGGGCGCCUAAGUCAAGCUAAUGUAAGUUAUGAUCAAAAGAAUCCAAUAAUUUUGCCUGCUGAGAAUCAUCUUAGCCUGUUAAUAGUUGCUGAUGCUCAUACAAAGACUCUUCAUGGUGGUCCACAACUGAUGAUGAGUUUUUUGAGAUCCAAAUAUUGGAUAUUGAGAGCACGUAAUAUGGUUAAAAAGUAUUACAGAAGUUGUGUCGUAUGUUUAAGGUACUCUAAAGCAGCGACUACACAAUUAAUGGGUCAAUUGCCGGAGGUUAGGUUAAAACCGAGCAGACCUUUCAAAAGUUCAGGAGUAGAUUAUGCAGGUCCAAUUAAUAUCCGAUUCUCUCCAGGCCGUGGAUCAAAAUCCUACAAAGGAUACAUUUGUUUGUUCGUUUGUAUGGUAACUCGCGCGAUCCAUUUAGAAGCGGUAUCUAAUUUAACAGCAAAAGGCUUUAUUGCUGCAUUUAGAAGGUUUGUUGCACGUAGAGGUCAUUGCCAAAAUCUUUUUAGUGAUAACGGCACGAACUUUGUGGGAGCUAACAAAAUGUUGUGUAAAAUGUUUGAUAAUGCUAAAUUUUAA